ACAUUGUUUUUGUGUGUGUGUUGUAGGACACAGUGGUGGCUCUUCAGGCUCUGGCUCUCUACUCCACGCUGGUGUUCAGUCCCGGUGGUUCGAGCAUGGUGACGGUCCAGUCUCCCAGCGAACAGCUGACGUUUGACGUGAACCAGAACAACAAGCUGCUCUACCAGGAGAAGCUGCUGCAGGAUGUGACAGGAAUGUUCAUCCUGGAGGUGCAGGGCAGUGCAUGCGCUGUGAUGCAGAUUUCGCAUCACUAUAACAUCCCAAUUCCUGCUGAUGUCACCACUCUCAGUGUCGAGGUCACACCAGAGGCCACCUGCCCCAGCAAAAGACCCAAAUUCACUCUGAGGAUCACGGUCGAGUAUAGUGGAAAGGAGAUCAGUACAAACAUGGUGAUCCUGGAUAUCAAAAUGCUCUCUGGGUUUGUCCCAGACCCAGAGUCUUUGAGUGCG